AUAGGAAUAGAAAUCUAUUUAAGAAGCUGUACUACAGCAUAUCUACCAAUGACCACAGCUUUGACAUCUAAAGUCAGUGAAAUACACCACAAAGUCGACCCCUUAGCUCAGAUUGAAGAUGCACUCAAGUUCUGUGUUGAAGAGUUUUGGUGGUGGUCUGACCUUGAACUGUGACAUCAAGGAGAAUAAUUCAGCAAAGAAAGAGUUUUUCACUGCACACUGGGAAGAUCUUAUUUUGAUAACUAAGCCAGACGACAGAAUCAUUUUGAAUGAAGACAACGUUUCGUGCAAGGAGCACUAUGACCAGAAACAACAAGCUAUGUUCAUUCUGCAGAGAUCUCCUGAUCAGAAAAUGAGGAUGGGCCGACUAGGAGGGAAAAUAAUGGAAUAUUGUCUCCCAUAUAAGAAUGUCCUCCCUGUGCCAGUCUUUAUGCCAAGCAGAGUACAAACCACUGCCAAAGAAGACUUCAGGACCCAGUGGUCUCCACUGUUGGAAGAAAAAAACAUGAGGCAACUUGGAAAAACUUCAAAUCCGAUAUUUAAAGAGGCGUUUCUCAACAAAGGAGAAUUUUUGGCAAUAAAGGAUACUACACUUCCAAAAAGGGUAGGUUUCAUAGCCUCAUCCUCUCUGUCUCCUGAUGUGCAAAGAGGCUGAGAAGGCAAUAAACUGAGCCAAAAUUCCAGCUUGAAACCAGAGGGAUGAGCAAGAAUCUCUAGUAUUGGUGCGACUGUGUCAUUAUCAAUGGUUGUGCUGUCUUACCUCUCAACAACUAUAUAUUCCAGUUUAUGAAAUGUAAGGAUUAUAAAUUAAAUGUACUCAAUGCUAUUCAAAA